CAAGAAUGGAACAUCAUGCGAUAUCCUUCUCCUGAAUUUUUGGUUUUUAGUAGUCGGUUGAUGGUUAGUUCCUGUAGCCAUCGUAUUGACAUCGCCAUUUGCAGCGAUGACAUUCACCUGCAGGAUGGAUCCGAAGUCGGUGAGGCGAUACGUUCCAGAGCAAGUUUCCCUAUCGGAUGACGCCCCAGGAUGGCUUGGAGAUGAUACACAUUGUGUUAAGGGCCCUAUUUGCUGGAAAUGCAAGGGACAGAAGCUUCUGAGGUCUCACGAAAUCUGUACAGUGUGUCAAGGACAAGGUCGCGUCUCACCCAAGAGAGCGGAUGUUGAAGGUGCACGACUAGACGGAAAGAUUACCCGCGGACGGAAAUCUUCCACCUCUUGGGAACCUAUUGGACCCACACCGUAUGCCUUGACGGCUGAACUGCAAAAUGAAUGGACACAGAUGAUAAGAACGGUUUCGCGGGUGAAAAUCGAUGUCAGCAUAGAUAUGACGGAGCAGGCAGAAGCGGGCGAGAAUCUACCAUUGUGGAUUCCGAAGCCUGGAGAAGAGCUUUGUAAUUUGGUUGGAUCUUGGCGAAUUUUGCAGCGAGUAGGCUCGCACCGAUGGACCACCGAUGAUCUCUGUACGGCCUACUACGCUCUUCAAACCGCUAUAGAUUCCGGUCUCAACAGGAAACAAGAAGCACUUCGGUAUCUCGAUUUAGGCACAGGUAAUGGAAGUGUUCUACAAAUGACGUACUGGGCUCUGUGUACCAAUAGCAUUCAAAUAUCGGAAGCAGUAGGGGUUGAAGCGCGAUCCGAAGCUGUUGCCCUGGGACGACGGAGUCUUUCGUUCAACAUCGACUCUCGCACUCAAAACGUACGCAUUCAUCAUGGCGACUUUCGCUCAGUGGAACUUGGGCAAUUGCCCUUUGACCUCAUUACAGGCACGCCGCCCUAUUUUCGAGUUGAUUUUGAAAUCGCAAGCCACGAGAAUUCCGAAGAGGUAUCAGCUAUCAUAAACCAAGGGGGGAUGCCAACGUCGAAACAGUCAGCCCCUGCACGGUGUGAGUUUCGAGGCGGCAUUGAAGCAUACUGCGAAGCUGCGUCGAAAUUUUUGACACCCACUAAAGGGCGAUUUGUCGUAUGCGAAAACUGGCUCAACGACAAGCGGGUCGCAGAAGGUGCGAAAGCAGCGAGCUUGUCCAUCAUCAAACGUCUUGAUGUAAUUGGACGGACAGGCAAAGAUACUUUGUUCAGCGUUUACGUGAUGGCAAAGGAAGACCGCCUUGUCACCAAUUCAAUAGAGAUCGAGCGAUUGGAAGUUCGUGGGUAUGAUGGUGACUGGACUUCUACUUACAAAAGAAGAAUAUUGAAUUCGAUGAAUAUUCCGUACCUGUAA